UGUUUAAUAAAAUAAAAAAAUUAAAAAAAAGAUCCAUUUCUUUCAAGCAGGAAGUGACGACAACAAACCUUUUUUUAAAACAUAUUUAAUUGUAAUUUAUUUAAAUCGUAGGUUGUGAAUAGUAGAGUUAAUUUUAAUAUUUGGUUAAAAUAAAGUGAUUUAAAAAAAAAAAAAAAUUCGAAAUAUUGUAGUUUAAUCUGCCACCUGCUGGAUGUUGGGGUGAACUUGCCACGUUGCUGUAGACAACAGACUUAAACGCCUCUCACACACCGGGAGGAUGCAGUUUACUCUUCUCCACACACGGUGGAGGACGGAGGACCAGCUGCUGAACACACACACACUCACACAGACUCACCUGUGUGUCAGGUUUCUGUCAGGUGGAGCAGCUAUCAGACUCUCUCAUCCUGCGGCUUGAAGAUGUUAACUGAUGUGAUUUUGGAGGAAGAGUUUGACAAGAAUGGAGAAGCUUGGUACGACCCACAGGACCUGGAACACGACCUCCACUUGGCAGCGGCGCUGGGGAAAACCCUCCUGGACAGGAACCAUGAGCUGGAGCAGGCCCUGCAGCAGAUGUACUCCACCAACCAGGAGCAGCUGCAGGAGAUAGAGUACAUGACCAAGCAGGUGGAGCUGCUGCGUCAGAUGAACGACCAGCACGCCAGAGUGUAUGAGCAGCUGGACGUGGCCUCCAGGGAUCUGGAGCAAGGCAACCAGAGACUGGUGCAGGACGGCCGCCUGGCCCAGCAGAGGAUCCACAGUCUAACAGAGACCAUUGAUGGGCUUCAGACCUACGUGGAGGACAUGCAGACUCAGGUGGACGAGCUGAAGACCGCCCAGGCAGAGCGAAACAAAAGAGAGCUGGCAGAGCAGCGACGCCACCUGGGAGCGCAGAGUGUGUCCUGCCUCAAAGAGCUGUAUGACUUGCACCAUGACAGGACUCAUUCCUGCAGCACUCUGUACAUGAGACCCAAAGAAGUGAAGGGUAGCUCCCGUCUGUCAUCUGAUAAUUUCUUACCCACAGUGCACUGCUCUCUCAGUCCCAUAUACGCUGACUGGACACCUACAGGUCACCCAGAGCCAGACCAGACGUCCCCCGUUAGACAUAAUCCAAAUGAGCAGCAUCUGGUCCAUGAUGGUCUGCGCUCGGAUGGACUCUGGUCGCCGCAGGGCUCUUUCUACGGCCGAGACAGACGCCAAGACCCGGAGGAGGAGAACUCGGCUCUCCAGCGCUCCGUCCAGACCCUUCAGAGCCAGAUAGCUGUAGAGCGGAACCGCAGGGAGGCUGCGGAGCGCGAGACUGAGUCGACAUCCAGGGAGAACAGAGGCCUGGAGCAGCAACUGGACAUGCUGGACGGCUGCCGAGUCAGGCAGAAGGAACUGGAGGCCGAGGUGGAGCAGUUGCGACUUCUGUGGCGCGCCGACUUUGCCAAAAGCUUCAGAAGACCGGAGCAGCUGCUGGUGCCUGAUACAAUAUUCUUUGCCUCAGAGGAAAGACCCAGCCCGGGGCAGGACGAGAUGGAGGAGAAGGUAGAGAAGGAGGAGGAGCAGAGAAGACGCAUCCGGCAGAGGUGUAACAGUGACGGCGUUUUGAGAUUGAUGAACCCAGACGAGAUUCGCCGCGAUCACGAGCAGCUGUGUAUAAGGCGAGCGGAGGCAGUGAAGCAGAGGGGCAUCUCUCUGCUCAACGAGGUGGACGCACAGUACAGCGCACUGCAGGUGAAAUAUGACGAGCUGCUGCAGCAGUGCCAGCAGGCAGACGGGCCCAGCCAUAAAGUCAUUCAGACGCCCAACAGUUCCAUUGCGAUCAACCGGACCCGCCGCCGGCGGUCCUCAGUUCUUCUCUCUGAUUUGAAGGUGGUUCUUGAGGACGGCCAGCAGCCGGAGUACAAGGCUCUCUUCAAGGAGAUCUUCACCCGCAUCCAACAGACCAAAGAGAACCUCAGCGACAACAGAAGUCCAGUCAAGGACAGUGACGCCCAGGACUCUCCUAGAUGAUUUAUAUCACUCAUAAUCAUGGGACUUGCACUUGUUUUUAUCUGUCAAAGUUUUUGACAAAGGAGAAACUUGGAGGUUGCUUUGUUAUAAAAAAAAUAUCCAGAGGGUGCAGAUGCAGAUAGAGGUAGACCGAUGAAUCGGCGCCGAUAGGACGUUUUUACAAUUCGUUAUCGGCAGAACUGGGCUCUGAUAGUGACCGAUGGCUGCACAGACGUACAUCACUGUUUUACAUGGAGGCUCCAUACACAAAGUCAAGGUAGAGGGGCAGAUUAAAAGUUAUCUCUCGAAUACAUAACGCAACACUAUCAGGUCUUUGUCCACAAUAAGAGAUAGGCAGACAGGGAGGAAAAGAAAUCAUUCACUGUUACUUUAAUUUACCAAUUUGGCGUUCUCUCUUCCAAAUAAUCCAGCCAGGUAACCAUCCAUUCAUGAGAUGAAAUCGCACACUUUAAGAUCCUCCUUACCCCGGUAAUAUGCACGGAAAUUAAUGGUUUGCAUAAGUGGCUACAGAAGUAAUCCUGUCCAGUCAUACUGCAAAUACAUAGUACAUUUUCCUGUGAUUAUAUUCGCUAUCGGUCUACCUCUGGCUACAGUCCUCUUAUCUCCUGUCAUUGACACAGCUUUGCUUUUGUUAGUCAGCACUGUUCCUUUUUUUUCCGUCCAAAAUUAAGUGUUAUAAAACGUGUUGCAUAAAGCAGCUGUGUGAUUUGAAGUUGUUCAACAACAAAUUUGAAAGAAACAGAAACUAUAGAUGGUAAAGAGUUAUUGUAUGGGGAGAUAUUUAUAGUUAGAAUAAUAUAUAUACUCUCUGAUCCUUGACUGAUAAAAAGUACAUUUCAGUGUGCAGUAUUAUGUCCAACUCCAGCAGUAUUCAGUGAUUAUGUAAUGUUAACCCCGUGACCAUUUGAUCAUCUGGUGCUUGGGAGAGAAACACAUGGAUUAUUGUUUGUGUGUUGAUAUAAGUUGGAGAUGUGGCCGUUAUGUAUGAUUUAUGUAAACAGAAAUGUUGGAAUGUUGUAAUAGGAUGAAAAACUGUAGCUAUGCAUAACUAAAGCCUCAGGAGUUAUGAUAAUUAGCUUAACGGCUAAUGUGAGUUGGUUUUGGUAAGUUGGCAAUAGUAGUUGGGAGGGUCAUUGGAGUGUCACCAGAGAAAUAUCAGUGGACACUGGAAAACAUACUAGUCUGUGUUUUCUGUUUUCAUGUCUGCACAGCUUCUGACGAGUGUCUCUACGGCAGUAGGACACAUAACAGCUCUACACUUUUUAUGACUGAAUCACAUUUUCCUUUUUAUUUAUUUUUUUUGAAGAUUAAAUUAUAUUUAUUUGCUUUGUUGUUAAAUAUGCAGAUCAGGUUGGUCAGCUGACUGGAAGUGAAUGUAAUUGUACACGGCGGUGCUUAUUUUGUGGAUGUAAAUAUUCUGUCUCGCACAGGUGAUUGAAAAAAAAAAUACAGAGGUAAAUGGAAAAAAACAAAAGAAAUGUUGCCUCGUUUAUAAGCAAUUUCCUUUGCGUCAAAUUGUCGGAAUAUUUCUUCUGAAUUGGACAUUUCCUGCUCUUAAUAUAGAACAGAAAUUGUGUUGAUCAGGUUACCGUGAACAACGGAAAGACUUCAAUAACUGGUGUUACGAGGUUGUCAUUUUACUUUCACUUUCCAUGUGAUGCUCAUGUGAAAGAAGAUGCUUAUUAUUAUUAAUGGACAAUUCUGAUGUACUAAAAUACACUUGAGUAUACCAUGGCAUUUAGCAAUAUGCUGUUUUGAAGCUGUGAAGUUCUAACUAGUUAUUAAAAACAUUGAUGCAAGA